AUGACUGACAAUCACGUAUGUACGCCAUUUAGUAAUUGUACGAGUCCAUUCAUAUCAACAUCUUCUCCUGCUUUGUAUAAGACAAUUCUGAUUAUCAUUGGUGGAGCGAUUUUAAGCCUAUUAACAACUGUUGGUAAUCUUCUUGUUUUAAUCUCGUUUCGUAUUAAUAAACAAUUACGUACAGUAACGAAUUAUUUUCUUUUGUCGCUUGCAAUUGCUGAUUUUACGAUUGGAUCGUUUUCUAUGCCGAUAUUUUUCACUUAUUUCGAACGAAAUUCAUGGCCGUUUGGCUCGUUUCUAUGCGAUGUGUGGCUUAGUGUUGAUUACACCAUGUCAAAUGCAUCUGUAGCAAAUCUUCUAUUGAUCUGUUUCGAUCGAUACCUUUCCAUUACUCGACCAUUAACCUAUCGAUCAAGACGCACACCUAAACGUGCAUCGAUCAUGAUUGGCUGUGCUUGGAUCAUUUCCUGUCUUAUUUGGACACCUUGGAUAUGGGCAUGGCCGUUCAUCGACAAACGAGGUUCUCCGAGUGAAUGUCAAUUGCCCUUCGCUUCGAAGGCCACAGUGGCUAUUCCAACUGCGAUUGCUGCAUUUUAUCUGCCAGUUACAUUAAUGUGUUUACUUUAUUUUCGUAUUUACCGUGAAACAGUGAAACGCCGAAAAGAAUUACAUCUUUUACAAGCUCAACAUCACAGUUCAUAUUGCCAAGGAAUUCCAAGUACGACAUCCAACGGUCGGUUGAACAAAGCGCUAAGUACAACUGGAACAACCGUGGCGUUAGAUCAUGAUGAAAGUAUCUCCACAGAUUCGAAUCGUUCUCAUGGAAGAAUUAUGUUCAUGCACAGUUGUUCAGUCAAUCGAUUCUUUUCCAUAAGUAAAAAAUCAAAUAAGGAAUAUCGUGCGCCCUCGAUAUGGUACUGUUGUUUUAAAAGACAUCUUGAUCGAAUGCAAUCGAAUGCCAACCGAGCGGAAGACGAAGACACAUCCAGUGAAAUCCGCUCUGUCCUUACUCCAAAUCAUGAUCGACAUCAAACUGAUACCGUUUCAUCGCGAAAUCCAUGUAAACUUUCUUCUGCCAAUGGUCGAAUCAAUUCAACACACGAUGCUCUAGAAACAGAGAAGUCGACUAGUCCCUACGCUGAUCCGUGGAUUCGUCGUUGUGAUCAACCGUCACCGAUCGAUUUUCUGCUAAAACAAAAUCAAAAACAAAGACAAAAAUCCAUCCAAUACGAAUCUCGUCUUUACUAUCAUUCAUUACCAUCGACAUCCGAUGAUCACAUUUCGCAACAACAACAGCAACGUCAACCGUUAUUACCAAACAUUGAUAAAGAUAUUGAAUAUGUCGAAUCACGAUUACGUGGUCAAACAACAGUUUCAUUACCAUCAUCUCAUUAUUCACGUGAUCCACCGACUUGGUUACGACUUCCUCAUCGAGAUUACAUCAACGUCUUGUCAAGUUCAUCUGAUGAUCCCCAUCCACAGCAGGCGGAUAUUUCUGUUCAUCAGAAAUAUUCCUGUCCAUUGCAAAGUAAUGAUACAAUUGUAAUUCCCAUCAAAGCAGUUACAUCAAAAGCGUCAACAACUCUCUCGACAAGUACAAAUGGUAGUGUGAAAACCGUAAAGAACCGAAUGGAAAAAAUGAAAGAUCAAAAGGCCGCUAAAACUUUAAGUGCUAUCCUAAUGGCUUUCAUUAUAACAUGGCUUCCUUAUAAUACAAAUAUAAUUAUUUCAACAAUAAAGCCAGAUGCUUUCACGCAAGGUUUUCCACUCUAUUGGGAACGUUUCGGGUACAUGUUAUGUUAUAUAAAUUCAACAAUUAAUCCAAUGCUCUAUGCUUUAUGUAAUGGUACAUUUCGACGAACAUUUGCUCGUAUACUUCGUUGCCAAUGUAAUCGUCGUCACACGCCUACACAUGUGCAAAAAGCCUAUCGUUUUCAAACAAAGAGAAGCCUACCAAAUAAUGUUUAA